ACGUGAAAGAAAUAGCCAGUGAAGAAUCCCCCACCGCGGGAAAGCCCCAUGGAACACCACUCCGGUACUUCGAUGCCCCGCCUGCAGUCCCGGUUUUCGCCGUCCAGCCACUCCUCGACGGGCGACAACGAAGCGUUGUUACGGCGUCCCAUCCCGAUUCGUCACAGGACGCACGACCGAAGCAUUCCCCUUUACGACAUGUCCUCGAUGCGAAGCAUCACCAGCGGCCCGAUUUCCCUACUCGAACGGAAGUGACGGAACGGCCGAUAACCAGCGUCAAGUGGGCAAUCGUGACGCUUCCCGGAGUGGUGCUGGCACUGGUCGCCUGCAGCACGGCCGUCUGGCUUCUUUACGUCAGGCCACACGAACCGGCGCCCAUGUCUGCAGAGAAUCUGGCCGUUAUCAGGGCUGCUCAACAGAAGCGUGCGCGCCGACGCAAACAAAGGAUGGCCCUGCUGACAGCGCUGACGUCAAUGAUGCUGGCGACGAGCCUUCUGACGUCGUUCCUGCAGGCGGCCUUCGACUUCAUGCGGAACAUCUGGCGGAUGAUGCCGUGGGGCGUGCUCAUACUACUCGGUGCCACGCACGUUGCAUCUGAGCUGCUGCAGACAUGCGACCUGCCGCAAGAGGUGCUCAGAGUUGCGUCCACUUCUUUCUGGGAGGAGCGCAGUCCGCUCGAGGCACAGGCCGUGCUAGCCUUCGCCACCUCUGUGAUGGCCGAGACCACGGACAAGCGGGUGCUGGUCGAGAUCAUGACGCCGGCCGUAGCGCACAUUGCCGAGAUUCAGCGCAUGUACCCGGCCUAUUACGCCAUCCCGGUGAUCGUGGGCGCUUCGAGCAACUUCAUCAUGCCGGCGUCGAUGCCACUCGCUCUCCUGCACGAGGUGGCGCGGGUGCAGUUCUGGAAGCUGGUGGGUGUAGUGGGUUGCGGCAAAAGCAAGUCGGCGUACAUGCGUCCGUACAUCGUGACUGAAGGGGUUCAGUUUAAGACGAAGCGCAGAUGGCCAGGUCAUGCAAUACGCAGAUCAGGUAACCGGCGGUCUUUCAGUGUGGCAGAAUGAGUGCCAAAUAAGGGUAAACAUAUUCGAGAGCGGAAGACCAUUGGCUGCAGUGGCAGCAUUAGGUGACUUGGAGUGUACACGCAGUGGGUUG